AUGAAGACGUUCACAAGCAUCAUCCAGAUUGACAAAAAACGCCAAUUGACCGACAUUGAGUACAGCAGUUCUGUUAUAUCGGAGAUAGGAUUCUAUGUAUACGAUAGUACGUUCAGAUCCUUAAUUGGAGAGUCCCCUGAACUCCAACUCGUGGAGUCCCGAAAGUUCAGAUUUGCACACGAGGCAGGAGUUUACCACAAAGAGACUAAUUCGAUUUACUUCACGGCAAACUUUCUUUCUUGCGACCCAGUCACCCUCUACCGCAUCAAUUGCAGCACUUUCAAAAUUGAGGAGUUAACCUAUCAGCAGGUCAUUCAGGCAAACGGAGCCUGUCAGCACCGUGGAAACAUCCUUUAUUGUUCUCAGGGUGAUUUUGACAAUCCAUCUGCAUUAGUUGAGGUUGAGCCCGUGAGCGGAGAGUCCAAGGUCUUGAUUAACAAUUUCUUCGGACGGGAGUUCUCUUCAAUCAACGACGUGGUUGUGCAUCACGAAACCGGUGAUAUCUGGUUCACCGAUCCAACAUACGGUUUCGAGCAAGGGUUUCGCAGAGACGCGGUUCUCCCUAACCAAGUUUACAGAUUUAAUCCGGAAUCUGGUGAGCUCUGUGUGGUUGCUGAUGGAUUUGAUAUGUGCAAUGGUUUGUGUUUCAACGAGGAUUACACUAAAAUGUACAUUACCGAUACAGGAGCAAUUAAGAUUGACAAGACCACGAACCAGUUUGGGCACAACCCCAAGGGCCCUAGUGCUAUUUACGUCUACGAUGUGAUUGGCCGCAAGAGACUGGAAAAUCGUCGCUUAUUUGCGUACUGCGACGAUGGGGUCCCUGAUGGAAUAAAGAGCGACCAAUUCGGUAACAUAUACUCUGGAUGCGGUCACGGAAUUCACGUUUGGAGACCAGACGGCGUCCUCAUCGGGAAAAUAGUCACGGGGGAGGUUGUUGCUAAUUUUUGUUUCUCGGCCGAAGCUAUCUGGAUUUUUUCAGAAUAUCAUCUGUUCCGCUGCAAGAUUCAAGCCCAAGGCGCUUUAGUGGAAAUCGAGUGCUGA